GCGAAAGCAACAAUAUGGCGGGAUGCAUGAAAAUGAAGGAAGAGUUUCAUUUCGCAAACGUUAGAACUGCGUUUAUUCUUUUGUUUUUCCUCCAGCUUUUUCAUCUCACGUUCGCUACACGCAACAUCAUCAACAUUAAAGAUGGACAAGAGGUGAAAUUCCUUGAAGCUCAACACUUUUGCUACAACAACCCAACCCCUGUCCCUGGAUGGAGGGAGACCUGGACAAGGAUCCAAGUGAAAGUGUGGAGCUCCAAGGAGCUGAAGGUGACAGUGGUAAAGGAUGAAGAGGAGCUGGAGGAUCUCGAACAUUUCAGUUUCUGGUCCAUGGUGCAGCACUGGAUCCACGAGCAGACUAACGAGACCAGCGUGAGCAUCAGCCUUUUCAACCAGAAGACCUGUUUCCGGGUGGAUCCUUCAGAUACCCUAGUGUCCUACACUGUAAAAACCAGCCGAAGAUUUGACAUCUACCUGUUUCUGGUGUUCCUGGCUGGAGUCAUGCUGUUCUUCUUUGCAGAUGUGCUGAGCAGGAGUCAGGUGUUCUACUACUCAGCAGGAAUGAGUACGGGCAUGAUAGCUUCCCUCGUCAUCCUCAUUUUCAUCCUAGGACGUUUUUUGCCAAAGAAAAGUCCUUUCUAUCUGCUCUUGGUGGGAGGCUGGUCCUUCUCUCUGUACGUGAUCCAGCUUGUGUUUAAAAACCUGCAGCUCAUCCUUAAAGAGCACUGGCACCUGGCUAUAGGCUACACCGCAGUCGUGGGGUUCGUCAGCUUCGCCGUGUGUUACCGCCACGGGCCGCUGGUGGAGGAACGCAGUAUUAACAUCCUGUCCUGGACACUGCAGAUAUUCGGCAUGCUGCUGAUAUACGCCGGCAGUCAGGUCCAGCAGGUGGCGCUAGCGAUCAUGGUGGCUGCUUUCUGUGCAAAGAACCUGGAGUACCCUGUGACCAUGGCUUUUACUCUGUUUGAGAAGCUGAAGCCUAAGCUGCGCUGGAAACCCGAGCCUCGGCACCUACUGACGGAGGAGGAGUACCAAAAACAGGCGGAGGUGGAGACUCAGAAAGCUCUGGAGGAGCUGAGGAAGCAGUGCAGCAGUCCAGACUUCAACACCUGGAAAACCGUGUCCAGACUGCAGUCUCCCAAGAGGUUUGCUGACUUCAUCGAAGGCUCUCCGCAUCUAAUGUCCAACGAAGUCUCGGUGCAUGCUCAGGAAUACGGUUUGGGCAGCUUGCUGUUCGAGGACGAGCUGUUCUCCACGGACGAGGAAGACGAAGGAGAAACGUGGGAGACCGAGGAGGACGAGAAACCUAACGUAUCGUCACCGUGGAGAAACACGGAGAGGAGGAAUUGAUGAGAAAACUGCCGCAGGUGCCGAAGAGCUCCUGACUCUGUAGCAAACGAACAUCCAGGACGUGAAUGUGAAGCAGCAAAGCCAUAUGUGUGGUAGGAGCCCAGGUAGGAAUGCGGCGAUGAUUGUACACCAGCUCAGAGACCGUUUCAGCACUGAACUUCUUACUGUAAGAGUUACAUUAAAUCAGGAUGACCGGUGGAUUUAUUUUCCUAAAUAAAGGGUUGCAGAUAACGUAAACAGGCUCGUGUCGAAAUAAAUCUGAGCCAUCGUUAUGGUCAAAGAGGAUCCGAGAUCUUUCUGACGUUGUAGUGUGUGCAUCACACACGUUUCCCGUGGUUUUUUUUUCUCUUGUUUUUGUGUAGUUUUUUUAAUGAUGUAUUCUUCUGAAUUGUUUUAUACCACAAUCUUGUUGGAAGAAUAUUUUUGUUGGGGUUUUUUUUUCUGUUGAUAAUUUUUUUUAUUAACUGCCUGGAAUGCAUUUUUUAAGAAUUAAAAUAAUAAUAAUUAAAAGAAAAGAAAAGAAA